AUGCAAAAUCGACUUGUGGUAUGUGUUUGCAAUUUAAAGCCAGUGAAAAUGCGCGGCAUCGAAUCUCAAGGAAUGGUUUUGUGUGCUUCCACUCCGGAGAAAGUUGAACUGAUUCGUUUCGAUGAGAGCUGCAAGCCAGGACAGCUGGUCUCCUGUGAGGGCUUUAUCAGGCGCCCAGAUCCAGUGCUAAAUCCGAAGAAAAAAGUCUGGGAGGGAGUUGCGCCAGAUUUGAAAAUUUUUGUUGAAGAGUGCAGAAACUACAAUUUUUUAGUUAUGUCCGAUUUGGUUAUUCGAAAUCUUGUGACAAUAUCCUGA